ACGUCGGUGUGGAGGGGCGACAGGGGAUGUGCAAGUCUGCACGGGAUCAGGGUGGGGGCCACCGGGCUGGGCAGAGCCCGGCGAGAAGUUCAAGGUCGUCGGAGCGGUCUGGGUACGCACACCUGCCACCGCACUUGCAGCCUCUGUUGGACACGUCCGAUGAGGAGAAGGACAGACGGCCACGUACUGUGCUGUUAAGAAGCGGGUCCACCGAGGAGUGGGCGGCCACAGAGCUCUGUGGAAGCCGCGGCGGCGGUUAUGGCCAGCCGUACACCGAACUCCUCCAGCAGGGGCCGAGUGGCGACGAAGGCGAUGGAGGCGUGAAUCUGUCAUUCGGGCUGUGCAGCGGGAGGUCGUCGGCCACGUCGCGAAUAGUGAUCGUGAACAACCAUCUCGACGACGAGGGCGGGCAGGUGACGGCUAUUGCGCGGUCAUCGAAGUCUCCAGCUCCGAUCCAGGAGGCGUCGGGGAACAACGGGGAUCCUCCGAGGCAGCAAUUCCGGACGCCGUGGGGAGGACGACGCAGCCAUGUAAAGCCGUUGAAGCAAAGCAGCAUGGGAGGGAGGGGCGGGAAGACGAGGGCGUGUGCUCGCAAUGGUCGUCGGGGGAAAAAAGCGGUGGGGAAGGGGAGCGAUGCCGAAGCUGAUGUUGAUGCGGAAGGAGGUCGUCAGUUCUGGUCCAUGAACAACAUGAUCGCCCUCAUCGGGGCUAAACGUGACCAGGAAGCGCAUCUGCAGGGGAUGGGUACCGCGUACACUCGUAUGAAGCCGCGGGAAUGGAAGUGGUUGGAUGUGGAGCAGAGGUUGAAGAAGGUGGGCGUCGACAGAGAGGCCGAACAGUGCGGGAAGAAACGGGACAAUUUGAUGCAGCAGUUCAAGAAGGUGCAUCACUUCCAAGGCUUGUUAGGGAAGCAUGACUUCUUUCAAUUUUCCGAGAAAGAGAGGUUGUCGAAGGGCUUCAAUUUCAACAUGGAUCGUGCGGUUUACGACGAGAUCCUGGGGUCGACUGCGAAGAGCCACGCCAUAAACCCCAAGAACGUCGCCGACAUUGGUGCUCCGGGUAGUGUGCAUCUGCCAUCUGCCACUUUUGCGGAUCCUGAAUCUGUGGGCGAUGGGGACGCUGCUGCAGGGCACGACAACGACGAGGACGGGUCGACGAGAGGUUCUUCUCAGACGACGGGAAGCCAUGUCGGUUUCGGCAAGCGGAAGAGCACGAGGCAGCAAACAUUCGAAGCGUUGAGGGAUUGCAUGGAGAAGCACGGGGCUCUGGUGGCGUCAACGAUGGAGAGCAACAACAAGCGGCAGUGCUCCAUCCAAAUCCGGCAAUGCGAGGCGUUGGAAGCAGAGGUGGAAGCAGACGCACGCCGCACUCCGCCGUCGUCGAUGAUCCGCGCAUUCCGGCGGGAUUGUUGUGACAUCACGCACCACGAAGGACACUCGACGUCGGUUCUCGCCAUCCUCGCGUUCGUCGCCUUCAUCGCCUUUGUUGCCGCUUUCAUCGCCUUUCUCGCCAUUCUCGCCGCCUUCAUUGCCUUUCUCACCAUCCUCACGUUCGUCGCCUUCAUCGCCUUUCUCGUCGCCUUCAUCGCCUUUCUCGCCAUCCUCGCCGCCUUCAUCGCCUUUCUCACCAUCCUCGCGCCCGUCGCCAUCUUGCCUGUCGUCUCCGCGAUCGCACUUGUCGCCAUCUUACCCGUCGUCACCGCGAUCGCGCCCGUCGCGUUGCCAUGUCGCCACGUCGCCGCCGCAUCCGUCUUGGGCCAUGUGAACUUCAUCGCCGCGUUGUUCGACCGUGGAGUACGCACCUCUGUUUCUUCCUCGCCAACGCUGUCGUCGCCACCAUCGCCACGUUCGCAGUCUAUCGCGUCGUCACCGUCGUCCUGUUUGUCGCCGAUACGGGCCAUCGUCCAGAACGUCUUCCGGGCCGUCAACGACAGCGACGACAUCAUCGCCACACCCGUCAUCGCAGCGGGGACGACCAUCACAAUCUGUUGCAGGACACUUUUCACCGUCGACGCAGAGAUCUUCAGUUGGCGGCUGGUCUACCUUGAAGUUGGUGUGUCGUGCGUCAUGUCGUCCCGCGGUUCUGGACGCGCCAAGUCCGCAGCGAAACUGGCAGUUGAAGCAACUAUCCGGAAGAGAAAGGGCCGCCACGUCGCCAACAAACAAAGGAAACUCAUUGAAGGCGCCUCCCCGCUUCCGAAGUAUGUCGAGGAUGACGAGUGGGUGGCGUCGCAGGUCGAAAGCGACUUCGAGGAAGAGGAGGAAGUGUCGUUGAAGCGGAAGUCUGCGAGGAGGGGAAGUGGAGCCCUCCGGAUCGAUGAUGUUGACAAGAGACGAGGCGGAGGAGGGCGCGCUAUGAUGGACGACGUCAUCGAAGUCAAUGCCGCGGCGGCAUCCGCGCGAGGCGAGGGAACAGCCGUUGGCCAGCAACAUCCCGCGGCAGUGGCACGUGCGAACGAAGCCCCGGAAGUGCAAGAGGUUGUCGUCCGCACGCGAGCACCAGCAACCCCGCGGGCGACGACCUCUACAGACGUUGGCGUCAACGUGCAAGCCAUCGGUCAGGGGACCAAGAGCCGCUCUCCUGCGCAGGAGCAGCGCGGGGCUGCAUCGGGGGGGGCUGCGCACACGGGGGAAGGGGCGAGGGAGGGCGGGCGGGGCCGCAGCGGGUGGGGCUCCUCACGCAGCGGAAGGGGCAAGGGCAGGCGGGGCCGCGGCGGAGGGCAGGGGAUGUCGCAGCACAGGGGGAGGACGACGAAGCGCUGGUGAACAGGGUGCGUUAACGGAAUGCACGGGAUGGAAUCGAGGCGUCGUCGAAGCUGUGGGUGAACGACAUCCGCUUCUGGAAUGAAACGGAAGGGAACGC